AUGCCCCCUGACAGGAGCCUCCAGAAGGCACCGCUCUCAAACUACCGCUUCGAGGGCUACGCCGGGGACCCGGAAGUUCAUCCUGAGGCGUACCUGGACAAGUCGGGGCCUUCAGGCCCUGUCAUCAAGUCUUUGCGGAGUGCCUGGGCAGAAAGCACUGAGGAGAUCCGCCGUGCCCUGACCUCCUUUGCGUCGAACCGCAGCCUGAGGCGCAGCGUGGGCAGAAGGAAAACUCGGCGCUUCCGAAUGGGCAGUCGUCCAUACGCGCCUCGUUCUGGGAGCGUCGUGAGGGCUAUGGGGACAAACAUCAGUCGCUUCCUCGAGCAGUUGGGUGCAGCCGGCAUUACCCUGGAGGGUUCCUUCCUCAACAUUGGCGCCAACGACGGGAUCGGCGAUGAUCCUUUGGCCCACUAUGCCCAGAGCUCACUGGUGAAGGAGAGUGGUGCUGCAGUCGCCAUUGAGGCGGACGAAGAGCUUUGUGCGCAGCACCGGCGGAACCUUCCCUGGGUGGCCCUGCACUGCGGCUUCGCCGUGCCAUCCACGCUGAGGUCUUUGCUGGGGCCACUGCCCUGGAGGAGUUUGGAUGUGCUCAAAGUAGACAUCGACUCCUACGACGGUGUGAUCGUGGACGAAUGUGUCCACCGCUUGGGCUGGCGUCCGAAAGUCAUACAAGUGGAGGUGAAUGCAGGCUUCCCUCCGCCUUUGCAGUACUCGCUCUUGGACUCGCCACUGCUGCGGGAGCACCUGCCCUACGUGGAGGUGCAUGGGCCGAUCUUCGGAGACAAGGAGAUGCGCCUGCAGAUCAAUUCCCCAAUUGCAGGGACUUCACUGUCAUAUUAUGUGCAGCAUCUGUGGCCCGUGUACGUGCUCUGGGACAUUGUGAGCCCGGAUGCCAUUUUCUUGCGUGCCGACCUAGCAGAAGUCGCAGGGGUCGAGGCGCUUGACGAGUUCCAUGCCUUUGAAUGGAGCUGGGCAGACAUCCAUAACUUCCACAGGGACUUGGUCCGGCGCUGGACCUUCGAGUUGGAUGCCGAGGGAGCCCUUGGCGAGGCCUUCCAGUACAUGGUGGACUGGAUGAAGCAACAUCUUGGCAUCAUCCUGCCAUUCCACCUAAGAAUCAGCGUCUCCGUUUUGUCACGGGCUGCUGCAAUUGCAAAGAGUUGGAAAUAUGUUGGCGCUUUCACACAAAUUGCUCAUGACGUCGAUUGUGCUGGGUUGCUGAACCAAGUCGUGAGGAGCCUUUGUGACCCGAAGUGUAAGAUUCUUAUUGUGAGCAAAAAAUUGUUGAAGCUUCUGUACCUGCACCGGUUCUUAGUGCUCAUGAAGCGGCGGCGUGCCGUCCCAUUGGCAUGCGGUGGCGUCCUUCUGACAGCCUCUUCCUGGCGCGCAUCGCCCGGCUUUGCGCUGCCACGAGCCCCGGUGGAGGUCCCCUCCUCCUUCAGGGCGCAGUUUACCGUGCUGCCAGAGAACUUCUCCUGGGAGGAGUUUGUGCAAGCGUCACAGCGGCCAGUGCGGCCGUGCGUGCGCGUGAAUCCUCUGAAAGGUGGCGACGUCCGAAGCGUCCGGUGCCUGGGAGCCGCGAAUGCUUGGCGGCUGGCAGACCCUGUGCCCUGGGCUGCUGAUGGCUACUGGGUUCAGCCCCUGAAGUCCAAUGUUUUCUCCUUCGAGGAAGAGAAGGAGGAGCUGCCUUCUGCCUGGGCGAAGCUUGCAGCCCAAAAGGCGCCAAAGAAGGGGAAACGACGGCUCACAGCAGAGGCUCAUGCUGCCACACGCCCCCAUGCGCCAAGUACUGUCAGCUGGUCCAAGGAUGGUGCAGCCCUGCUGGGCCGAGUCUAUGUGCAGGAGGCAUCGUCCCUGCUGCCCGUAGCAGCGCUCCGCGACGCGGUGGGGGACACCCCGCCGGCAAGCUUCCGGGUCCUGGACCUGGCAGCCGCCCCGGGCGGGAAGACGAGUGCUAUAGCCGCCUGGCUAGCACCGAGCAGCGGCGCAGUGGUGGCUAACGAGCCCAACAUCGACCGCUGCAAGGCCCUAGUGGAGAACCUCCUCCGCACCGGUUCGAUGCCCUGGGCGGCCGUCACCCAGAUGGACGGGCGCAGCUGCGGCAAGGCUUGGCCCGAGGCCUUUGAUGCCGUCCUCCUUGAUGCGCCCUGCUCGGGGGAGUCGCUCACCAGACGAGGUGAAGACUUUGCUUCGUCAUUGGAUCAGUCUCCGGCGUACAUAGAAGGACUGUCCAAGCUCCAACGACAGCUCAUCUCGUCUGCCUUCCAGGCGCUGCGUGUUGGUGGCGUGCUGGUCUACAGCACAUGCACCUUGAACAUCAAGGAGAACGAGGAAGUGUGCCACUUCCUGGAAGAGUCCUUUCCGGGAGCCGUUGAACGACUGCCCCUGGAAGGACUGCCAGGAGACUUGUACUGCCUGACCAUUACGAGAAGCCUGCAACAGAGCGGUUGGUUUAUCCGGAGCCCAACAGGGCUUCUUCGUGGCCCGCUUCCGGAAAACGGCAGCACACUCCGAGGUUGCGAAGGCCACCCCUGGCGACAGCAAAGUUCUCUCGCCUCUCAGCAGCCGCGAGGCGUUGGCCGUGAAGCGUGCCUUCCUCAACGCGUUCGGCGAUUGCCCUGGCUUACAUGGCUCAAGGCUACGCCGGCGGAAGAAGGAGGUCUGGCUCCUCCCCGAGGUGUUGCAGGACCUUCCCUUCUCCGGGCCCCGGCGGGUAGGCAUCCGCAUGGCGAUGACCCGCAGGCAUGA